UCGUUCGGAUCAGUUCGGACCGUUUCGGACUCCAAGGCUGCUGGCUGCUCCGCGAUCCCCCGUCGCGAACCCUAGGAGACCUGCCGACUGCGCGCCUCUGCGACUCGCAAUCGACGAGGCGAGCGAACUGUGCGAGGCGUGUGCGUUUAAAAAAAGAGACGGAGAACUGCGGAUGUUGACGCGCGGCACCGCUCUCGCCCCCCGCGAUUGCUCCGUUUACGCCGGACGGUUUUAACGAGCGGGCAGGAUACAACGUGAGGACACCUUCCCCGCCCGGUAUCGACCGCGUCUUCCGGGAUCUCGAUAUCGUUGGGUCGUCCGACCGCGCGGCUCCGUAAUCGGGGAUAAUCGUCACACCGGCGAGCUCGAGUGGCAUGAUGAUAAGAACGAAAUGAGCGAUUUGCUCGAUACCGUAAUAAUGGAGACCUCGUACCCCGAGCCUGAAAAUUGUCUGAAGGUAUCCUCGCCGAUGAACGUGGCGCGGCAGGACUCGGGCGUACCGGAGGAUCUUGCUUCGCCUCUCAAUGAAGAGGAGGAUCCGGAUCUCACUAUGAACAGCGAUUGCAAUAUCACCGUCAUUCACAUCACCGAGUCGCAGAACAGCAAGGCGAACGACAAGACGCUAGCUGAGAAUAAGGACAGCAAGGACGGCAGCGAUAGCGGCGUCGAGGGUUGCGCGACAGAAGUUCCAAGAGUACGCAGUAGAAACAGCGUCGACUACACGAGCAGUUGUGGCGGCCUGGACGAGGCCUCUUGCGACUCCAGCCUCGUCAGUUGUUGCUCGGUGUACGAGGACGCGUGCGGAUCCACGUUGCCAGACGAUGUGCGACUGGGUGCUACCGGCGGUGAGGGCACGAGCGAGGGCGGUAGCGAGAGCUCGUCCAUCGCCGGCAGCGUGUCCGUGCGAACGAGCCGUAUGAACGUGAAGAGGACCACGACGACGUCCAGCGCGGCCAAGAAGAAGAUCACGAGCGGUACCGAGUCGCAGAAGAGCGCUCGCGCGAAACCAACGAGCGCGACCUCGGGCACGAGCUUGGGCUCGACGACGCCGCGGUCUAAGUCGCGAACAGCAACGCCCAGAAAUAUAAUGACCAAGAUUCAAGGUGCGGGCAGGGAACGGGACCAUCGACCACGAUCGAGGGAAAAAUUGAGCGCUCGAGAGCCGAGCUCCUCCCUCGUUGCAGACACCAAGACGCCUGCUGGUAGUCGUGGUACGGCGACGUAUGGCUGUCGGUCCAGCAGCAGCGCAGUAUCCAAUUUAUCAACUCCCACUGCGGCUUCGAUCGCGAGGACGAGGACGAGAGUGCUGCCGGACUCAUUGCCGUCUGCACUGACCACGGAGAUCAACAAGGAUCUUGCGCAGCGUGGCGGGAGAAUUGUCAGGAACGAUUCAUCGAGAUCGAGGACCGGGUCCAGCACGCGAGGGGCGCGCACGCCGGCGUCCACGCCGUCUGAGGAAACGAGAGCGAAGAUACCGUCCUUGUCAGCUUCUCGCGUUCUCUGCGCGAAGAGUACUGUCUCACGUGCUGAUAAUAAAUCCGUUGGCCAAGAUAACAAGGCGCUUGAUACGUAUGCAACGUUGCCGCGUAGGAACAGAAAUAAACUGACGAUCUCGAAAGCCGGCGAGAAGACGGACAAGAUGACCAGAAGUCGAUCUGGAAGUCGAGACGUUAGCCUCAGCAGAACCAUUGAGAAGAAGAGCGUUAUUGGGAGGGAUUCGUCUUCCGUUCACAAGAGUCUGCCGCCGUAUCCCAGACAGAGAAUUGAAAAAACUCGUAUAUAUCACGAGACCAGCGCACAGACUGGCUUGACCGGGCAGGACAUCGAGAACGCGAUGUCCGGACAACCGAGCGCCAUUGCUGGGCCCGAGGUCGUCGAGAGACUGCACAAGGGCUGCCAAACGGAAGACGCGUGGGACGACGUACAGACCUUGCAGGAUAACUUGAGAAGCUUGAAUGAGGAAAGCGGCAGUCUGCGGGAAGAGAACGAGAGAUUGAAACUCGAGUUGGCCGAGGCGAAUCGUCUUCUAGAGGAGGAACGGGCCGAUCACGCGUUUGCGCGUAAGGAACUCGAUAGAAACGCGCAACGGGUACUGGCUAUGCUAGGAACGCCGCAAUCAGAACAUGCAGAGGGCAGCGACAGCUUCCUCGAGCUCGAAAGUCAUAUACAAUCUUCGGGACAAGUUGUCGCUAAUCAACAAGUUGAAAUAGCUGAUCUGCAAUCGCUCUGUCGUAUGUUAAGCAGGGAUUUGGACAAAAGUGUAGCUGCGCAGAAAGCCUUGCUACAACAGCAACAAGAAUUGGAAGCCGAAUCAGCCGAGAUGCAAGAUUUUCUCCAAGAGGAGAAAGCCACAUUGGCGGAGGCGCUCAAAGAUGCCGAAUUGGAGCUCAAGAAAAAAAGCGAAGCCUUAACUCAAAGAGAGACGGAAUUAGAGAGACAAAUGGAGGAGUGUAAACAUUUAGUGCGAAUUAGCGAACAAAGAAGGCAAGAGAAUUUAUCAAUGAGUCUGAAGUUGAAUGCCGUUGAACGAAGAAGUAGGGAACUUUUACUCACUCAAGGCGCUGCUAUGUCCGGAGCGGCUGUAGCUCUUUCCGGACUUAGCACCAGAUUAGAAGGAUUGAUAGAUCAAUUAAUUGCUUCUUAUAACAUCUCAGUAAAAGAUCUUGAAGAUGUUAUAUAUCAUAACGAAGCGUACAGUAGAAGCAACAGUAGCGUGGAGUCUAGUCCGGUUAGCUCUAAGCAGAGUUUAAAAGAACGCACGCCGAGCCCGAAGAGUGGAUCCUUCGUUUCCGCGGUGAUCAGCGCAAUUCGGAACGCCGCGACGCAUCCCUUCGCGGCUAGAAACAUCGAUAAAAAAUCCAGCCUGGAUUCGUCUAAACAGAUUUACAAAGAACUGAGUAUGGAAUCGUCGUCCGACUUGCUCGAUUUUGAAACCGAGCCAUGUUUGAUGAUGGAAAGCGUCCUGGAAGACGUGCCUUUGCCGGACACAUACUCGCAUAACAUGAUAUCGAGCAGCGAUUCUCUACGCAGAGCACUGAGUUUCUCCGAAACGUCGGACGAGCAUAAUCUAAGGAAGACGAAGUACGGCGACGAAUGUACAAGUCUCACGAAUCUCACCCAGGCGAUCCUGCAUCGUCGUAAGGUGGAGGACGAGGGUGACGACGAUUGCGAUUCCGUGAGCGAAUCUGACACCGGGACCAAUGACGGUCCUGUACCUUUGACGGAUUACUGUCCAUCUGUGGAUCUCGUCGAUCAGGUGAUCGAGGUGGACAAUCUCGUUACUAAACUUCUCAAAGUGCUACGAAUCAUACAGCUUGACAACGAUACGUGUAUACAGGAAUUGAAAGAAGAGAAGUCUAACUUGGAGAUAAAAUUAGAAGCCACUGUAACGGAAUUGAACGAGCUUCGCAAGAUCAUCGAUAAUCUUCAUCAAUCACCGGAAGAAGUCCUGAACAACGUGCCGGAUCGACGACGUAGCGUUGUGGAGAAUUGCCGGAUUUUGCUUAAAGAGGCGGGUAAGGAGGAAUUGAAAUUUGAGGCCGUACUUGCUAGUAAUAGCAGUCCCGGUGAGAUAAACUGAGGAUCUCGAUGCGAUCGAGGCGACUUCCGCUUAAUAUUUUAAAAUAUCUUAUUAAUUUCGUAUAUAUAUAUUCUUCCUAAUUAUUAUAAAUUAUUUUAAUUCUUAAGAGAAAUGUGUCAAUUUUGAAAGUCUGAAUUAUUAUAUUGAACAUCGACGAACAUUUUAUUGUAAAAGUGGGAUUUCUAAUUUCGACGUGAAUGAAUUUUUGAAAGAGUUUAGACAGCAUAUAAAUUUGAAUUACAUAUAUUUUUCCUUUUAUCGCAACGUAUUUCUGUGCGCUUUGUAAUGUUAAUUCCAGGCUGAAUUUAAUAUUGUACAUGUGUAUAUUAAUACGACGUUGUUAUGUCGAAAUUGCGAAGAAUAAUUGAAUCAAAUUUGAACAAAUACGGGCUCGUCGCCGUUUUUAAAAUAAUUGUACAAAAGAUGAUUAUUUAAAGAAUAAAUGAUUCUGAUUAAAAUUACAACCAACUAUGGCUAAUUACAUAAGCGUAUAAAGGGAUAUUUAACUUUGCUGAUUUUGCAUUGUAUUUUUUUUUUACCAGCAUUUGGUCAAAUAUAUUCAUGAAUAAUGAAUAAUGAUUUUAAAUAUAUAUUUGUAAAUGUAUUAGCGUAUAUAAAAUAUAUGUUUUAUACGUCUAAAUUAUAUUUAUGUCAAAAUGUAUAUUUAACAUAUAUUUGAAUACGUGUGAACGUUGUGUAAUACGCUAGUACACUUUUUUUGUGAAAAUACAAAAUUAUAAAUCGUUACUCGUUAUUCGCGAAUAUAUUAUAUCCAGUACUGAUUCCCACCGAGUUGAUCGCAGUUGAUCGUAGAAUUUUAUAUUCAAUGCGUAGAAAUAAUUCUUCACUGUGUGAAAUUAUUAGGUUCAUAAUAAAGGCUUUUUCAAUUGAGAUAACAGGGUAGAGUAUCCUACAUUUAAGAUAAUAGCGUGUAAUGGAAAAUACAACAGAGUGCAAGGCACUAUCAUAUAAAAUGAAGGAAUAGAAUUUGGGUACCUUUUAUCGUGUCUUCGAUCCUGCAACACUCACAUUACCGUAAUCAUUGUGCAACAUCCAAGGAGGAUAGAUAAUGAAAUAUUUUAUGGCAAAUCGUAGAUAUAAAAAUGCUUAAAAAGCUUCUUAAUAGACGAGGACUAGAAAAAAAAACAUUUAUGCGAUUAUUUGUGUGCGUGCGUGUGUGUGUGCAUAAUUUAUUUCUCUUUUUUAUCUAAGAAUGUAUAUACGUUAAUACCUAUAAGAUUUGUUUGUGAUAAGUCUCAAAGACUUGUUGCUCAGUGAAAUCAAAGUUGAGAUUUAUUGCAAACAUUUAGACGAGGUUUCUUCCAUCAAAAUGGAGCUUUGCUUUAGGCACAACUUUAAGCAUAGGAAACAUAUUGUGAUGAUACACCAAACAACAACACAUAUGUAUUUUAAUGUUUAAUCAAAUAAAUUUUCAUAUCUCGAAAGACAGAUGCAUAUAAUUAUAUCAUGUAUACAUAACUUUACGAAGCAGAUUAUAUCACGUCGGUGCACGUGGAAAAUUCGCAGCUAACAUUUACGAUUGUUUUAUAAGCAAAUGAAUAUAUUAUAUACCGUAACGCUAAAUCAAAAUGAAAUUAUAGCUAAGGCGAAUAUUGCAUUUAGCUCAUUUAACAUGUAAAUACAUAUGUGGAUACACAAUCGCCCGUUACAUUGUACGGAUAAGGUCAAUGAAAUCGUGACUUUUGCAAUUUUAUGUAUUUUAAAAGCCAUCUUUUAAGUUACAGAGAGAAAUGAGCUUGCCGGAUAACGCUAAUAUCGAUCGGCGCGUCCCUUUAUUGAUACUAUAGAUACACCAUAUAAAUGCGUGGUACGACAUCGACUUCGAUCGUCGAUCAUACAUCGUUUAUAUUCUACGAGUACUCGUCCAUCAUCCCUGUAGAUGCAGAUAUCCUAUCCCUGUGGAGAGAGCAUGGUUCUUUUUAAAAAUAUCUUAUUUUAAAUAGUUAUUAGUCUUGAAACGUAGAUUGUACGCCCGCUGUAUUGAAAGGGAAGGAAAAUACCGUUUUCUUAAUAUAUGCUGUAGGCGGAACACUAUAUGUAUUGGAAUUGCAAGCGUCGAGGAGUCAUUUUAAUGCACGCUCGUGCCUCGCACAUGACGUAUGCCACGUAUCAAGGGCGCCAAGAAGUUCGCCAACCGUACAGCUGGUUGUCUGGAACAUAAGAUGGUCACGUCUCGAGAAAAAGUGUACACACUGUAUUAUUUUUAUAAUUAAAAAAUUAAAAAUUACGCGCGAGAUACCAAUUGCAAUACGAUUACAAUUUAAGAUAUUGAUAUAAAUUAUAAUUAAUGCCAAUAAAAUUAAUUGUCAGGGCAA